GCAGUCUGCCGGCGAUCAGCGGUGGGGAGGUGCAGGUGUGCAGUGACCGGCAGUAGCGUGGAGUGACCGACCCGGUGACUGAGAGAGCGAGACAGGGCCGCGGGGAGGGGAGUGAGGUGACAGUGGGAGCCGACAUGCGAAGGCUGCGGCUGUGAUGCGUUCAUCACGGAGACACAGGAUCCUGGCAAUGGGUCCGGCCGCGCUGUGGCUCGGCUCGCUGGCCGCCGCAGCCGCCGAUGACGUCACCGGUGACCCUGAUGACGUCACGGGCGGGUCGGCGGCGGCGGCGGCGUGCGCGGGCGACUGGAGCUGCGAGCCGCCGCCCGACUUCCGUCUGCUGGUGCCGCCGCCGCCGGUACCGGAGUACAUGCAGGAGUACGUGGAGCGGCUGCACCAGGCCAGUGGCGAGUGUCUGCUCUGCACGUGGGCGGCCGCCAACGACUCGGACCCGCUCACCGGACCCGAGGAGGCGGCCGGCGGCUCGUCCUCGUGGAUCCCCGUGCUGGUGGCCGUGGCGCUCCUCUCGGCUCUAGUCGGCGCCGUGGUCAUGGUAGUGCUCAUCCGGUGUCGCAGAUGGCGGGUACUUCCAUCAAAAGGUCUGUGCCCGCUGGACUCUGCUGACCAGGCCAAGGAGAGCCCGCCGCCGCCGCCCGCCUCCAAGCCGCCCGACGACGGCUCGGCGGUGGCCGGGGCGGGGGCGGGGGCGGCGCCGGGCGGCUGGGCGAUGCCCUGGCGGCGCUCCGAGCGGCGGCCGCCGGCGCCCGGUGAGCACGGUUUCGGCGGCGGCCCGUACUCGAUGCCCGACCAGGACAGUGUGGUGUACGCCGAGCUGAACAGUGUGGGCGCCAGCCGCGCGGCCGCCCAGCAGCCCUACCUGCUCAACACGUACAGCGAGAUCGGUGAGCCGCGCCGGCUGAUGCCCGACGGCACGUACGAGAACGCCGGCUACCUGGUGGACGGCCCGGCCGGCGGCGAGUCGGCCGGCUCCGACCCCAGCAGCGCCUACUACUCGGACGCAUCGGGCGGCGAGCCGACGCGCCUCAGUCGACGGGGCCGACCGCGCGCCGGCGCCGCGCCCCCGGCGGCCGUGCGCCGGCGGCUGCCGCUGGCCACGCGGCCGGCCGAGCCGCCGCUGCAGCCGCUGCCGCCCGACGACCCGCGUCUCCUACACGCGGCCAUCGUCGAGCCGACGUGCAGCUACGACGUGCCGGCCGAGGCGGCGCCGGACGCCGACUCCGGACCGCGAUCGGGGGACUCCGGGAACCGCUCGGGCUCGGAGCCGGCCAGUCCCGAGCGGCGCCGGCCUCCGCGGCUACCGCUGCCCCGGCUGCCGGGACGGCGGCCGCGGCCCGCCCCCAAGCGCACCUCUCCGGACCGGCCGCCGCCGCCGCCGCCGCAGCUCUACUGCUCCGAGUACGUGUGACGCCGCCAGGGGUGCAGUAGGAGGACGGGACACCGUGGUGCGGACGCCCAGACGCCCCCAGGGAUCGUCUGAGGCGCGUGAUACGGACGUGAUAGGCCGGCGGCACGCCCCGUCCGCCGGCCGGGCUGUGAUGGUGUCUCUAGUCAACCGUCUGUGUCGGCGGGCUCAGAGCCAGCGACGUGGUCCCGCGGACCGUCCCACCAGCGGGACCAUCCACCCGCGGGUCACAGGCGGCUGGAAGGCGCAGACCGACCCAGUGGGGAGGAGAGCGGACCCAGGAUACCCUGAGAGCGGACCCAGGAGCCACAGGAAUCGGACUCUGACUGCACCAGAACGCAGCCCGAUCAAUCAGGGUUCCGGAGGAGGCAGCUGUGACUGUCUGGGCUGUGGGCGGCAGACAGCUGGCUCACCACCGUCGAGCGCAGAGAUACGCCAGCUGCAGUGACCCCACAGGUGACCUGUGACCUGUACCGGAGGGUCAUCAGUCAGUCAUCAGCAGGGCGCCGCCUCUCCGAUUGGGGGCGACGGGGAAUUCUGGCCAGCCGCGAGAACAGAGGACACAGUCCAAGGUGCUAGGGAGAUUCGGGAGCAAUCCUGGAACAGGAGAGGCCUCAUGGAGGAGCCUCAGAGUCUAGGAUUGCGGUAUCCUAAGUGAGAGAUCUUUCAAUGCAGUCCCCUUAGCUGGUGACUGCACACUCGCUACAGCGCAGUCAUAUUUCAGAUGAGAUAGCCGUGCCAAACACCUUUGUAAACAGCCUCUGGUUGCUGACCUUUUCUGGGCAAGGCGAUCAGAAUAAAUGAAAACCUUGGCCGAUUCUUACCGCGCUCAAAGGCACCUGUUUUGAUCAAUCGCUCCAUUCCCAAACCUAUUCCGCUGCAUUCCACGCCAUAUCAAAAUGUUGUGCUGAGCUGUGAACUGGUAUGCCAGCUCUGGUUAUGUGAUAAUAUGUGAUUGCGUCAAAUGAAUGUAUGUAUAUAGUAAUACUGAAUGUUUCUAUUUUGAGAGUGCGUCCGAAAUAAAUCCAAGUGACGUUA